CGCUUCCUGUUUGCGCCUGGCCAGAGGCAGGAGCGGCAAUGGCGGCGGUUGGAGGAGGAAGAGGAGGAGGAGCAGGAAAGGGGGCCCUCACAGCCAUGGCGGCGGCGGGGCCUGCUCCUCCUGAACCGGGCCGGUGCGGGGCUCGGAGAGCGACGGCGAAUAUCCUGACUCAGCUCCGGCGGGCGCAGCUGAGCGGCCGGGGCCUGACGCGCGGGACGCAGAUUACAGAAGCAUUAUUAAAGGAAAGAGAUAAACAAGCAAAAUGGAAUGGCAUUCCUUUGCUUCUACAAAAGCUGUAUGAAAAUAGCCACCCCAAUAGUGACUUUUCCCAGUGCCAAAGCAUCUUAAAGGAGAUUUCUCCCCUCCUUUCUAUGGAAGCCAUGGCAUUUGUUACAGAAGAAAGAAAAUCUGCUCAAGAAUCCACUUUUCCAAAUACAUACACAUUUGACUUAUUUGGAGGAGUCGAUCUACUAGUAGAAAUACUUAUGAGGCCAACUCUUAUUACACAGAAGAAAAAACAGAAAAUAAGUGAUGACCUCAUCAAGGAUUGCUUAAGUAUAUUGUACAACACUUGCAUAUGUACGGAAGGAGUCACUAAACGAUUGGCAGAAAGGAAUGACUUUGUAUUGUUUUUGUUUACAUUAAUGACAAACAAAAAGACUUUUCUGCAAACAGCUACUCUUAUUGAAGACAUUCUGGGAGUGAAAAAGGAAAUGAUACAACUGGAGGAUAUUCCUAGUCUCUCCAGUCUAGUCUCUAGCUUUGAUCAACAGCAACUUGCAAACUUCUGCAGAAUCCUUGCAGUUACAAUUUCAGAGCUUGACACAGGCAGUGAUGAUAAGCAUACGCUACUAGCAAAAAAUGCUCAACAGAAGAAGAACUUAGGUCCUUCUCGGGCUGAAAUUAAUCAAGCUACACUUCUGAAUAUACCAGGCUUCAUUGAACGAUUGUGUAAACUAGCAACCAGGAAAGUAUCAGAAACAGCAGGAGCUUCCAGUUUCCUCCAGGAAUUGGAAGAAUGGUACACCUGGCUAGAUAAUGCACUCGUCAUUGAUGCAUUAAUGCGUGUGGCAGAUGAAGAGACAGAGCAAAGCAGCACAGAAUCUUCAGAUGAGAGUGGAUUUCCCAGCACCCCGACAAGGAAUCAGCUUCCACACUCAAUGAAGAUUAUGCAUGAGAUCAUGUAUAAGCUGGAGGUUUUAUAUGUUCUCUGCGUGCUUUUAAUGGGCAGACAAAGGAAUCAGGUUCACAAAAUGAUUGCAGAAUUCAGAUUAAUCCCUGGCCUUAACAAUUUGUUUGAUAAAUUGAUCUGGCGGAAGCAUUCGGCAUCAGCUCUUGUUCUACAUGGGCAUAAUCAAAACUGUGACUGUAGCCCGGAUAUUACCUUGAAGAUCCAGUUUUUGAGAUUGCUUCAAAGUUUUAGUGAUCAUCACGAGAACAAGUACCUGCUUUUGAACAGCCAAGAGCUUAAUGAACUGAGUGCAAUUUCCCUCAAAGCUAACAUUCCUGAAGUAGAGGCCGUUGUGAACACAGACAGAAAUUUAGUUUGUGAUGGAAAAAGAGGCUUGCUAACAAGAUUACUGCAGGUAAUGAAGAAGGAGCCAGCAGAAUCCUCAUUUAGGUUUUGGCAAGCAAGGGCAGUUGAGAGCUUCUUAAGAGGUGCUACUUCCUAUGCCGAUCAGAUGUUCCUGCUAAAAAGAGGGCUUCUAGAGCAUAUUCUCUACUGCAUUGUUGACAGCGAGUGCAAGUCACGAGAUGUGCUUCAAAGUUACUUUGACCUGUUGGGGGAACUGAUGAAAUUUAAUAUAGAUGCCUUCAAGAGGUUCAAUAAAUACAUUAAUACAGAUGAAAAGUUUCAGAUAUUUUUGAAUCAGAUCAACAGUUCACUGGUUGAUUCCAACAUGCUAGUUCGAUGUAUCACAUUAUCCUUAGAUCGAUUUGAGAGCCAGUCAGAUAUUAAAGUUGCAGAGGUCUUGUCUGAGUGCCGCCUGUUAUCCUACAUGUCACAGAUGUCCAUGAGGAUGUCCUUCCUUUUCCGGCUCAUUAAUAUUAUUCAUGUACAGACACUUACACAGGAAAAUGUAAGCUGUCUGAACACCAGUCUAGUAAUUUUAAUGCUGGCCCGAAGGAAAGACAAGUUGCCAUUCUAUCUGCGUACACUUCAAGAGAUGGAAUAUACAAAGAAAUACCCCGGCUUCAUCCUCAAUAAUUUCCAUAGUCUUCUUCGUUUCUGGCAACAGCAUUACCUCAAUAAGGACAAGGAUAGCACCUGCUUAGAAAAUAGUUCAUGUAUUAGUUUUUCCUACUGGAAAGAGACUGUUUCUAUACUGCUCAGUCCAGACCGGACAUCACCUUGUGCCAUAGUUAGCUACAUUGACGAGGCAUAUAUGGACAUUGACAGAGAAUUCACUGAGGAGUGAUUCUUCAGCUUCUGGCUUCCAGUGGACUGUGCUUCAGAAGGAAUCUUGCAGACAGACUGAUUUUUCAGGGAUAUGCUACAUGCACAAGCUUUGGGGCUAUGGAAUGUCACCAUGUUGAGUUUGUUUUCCACCCCUCCCCGGCUCCGUUUGGAAGAGCAAGACGUCACAAACUUCCCCAGCAACAUAUUCAGGGACACUCACGUGCUGCAAGAAACUCUGCAAGAAAAAGCCCAGCCUUUCCCUGCUCAUUGAGGCUAGAACUCCACGAGUCUGAGAGAUGGGAUCCUUCAAGUGUGCAGUGGUUAGCUGUGGCUUUUCCUUCCAAUUACCAGAAUAAGAUGUUACAAGCAACUUUCUGGGCAAUUCAGACAAGUCGGUUUUAUGGUAUGGUACAUACCAAAUGCACACCAGCCACAUCUCGGCCGUCCUUGAAAGGUUUUUUCUCAUGGGUUUCUUUUUCCCUUCGGAUGGGAUUUUGAGCUGCUUGUUUGUAGGUUUUGGUUUAAAAUUCAUGAUGAAAGUGGCUGUCUGAGCCUCAGCAUACUACUUCCAGACUGUUUGCUUCCUACAAAACUGUGUUCGAACACCUUUUUCUGUGCUGUGGUACUGCGAACAGAAGUACCUAUUUGUGUCUGAUGGACCCCCCCCCCCCCCCCCCCGGUUAAUUUUACAGUGUUGUCUAAAGCAGGCAUACAUUGUGGUGAUGGAUUUAAUCUGAAAGCCUAGUUUUAACUAGGUACUAAUAAAUUAAAACUUACUCAACAUUUUUAAAAUGCUGCAGCCUGACCAUUUUUGUCAGUAAAGAACCAAUAGAGCUUGAAACCCUCCUUCCAAAAUCUUACUUUAACGGAAGAGUCAUGCUUAACCUCAGUCUGGGAACCUGAUGCCAUAGCCUCCAAUGACUAAAUUAUUCUGAUGUCUUUUAUGUUCCUGUGGUAUAAUAGCUACUGGAAGGUUCCAUUCUUUUUCUAUCGACACCUGUAUGAAAUGCUGCAUGUUGUAUUUUAUAAGAGAUGAGGUACUCGGCAAAACUGGAGCUUGCUCUUGUAGCCGCCAGCAUUUAAACAAGGCACUGAUUUUUGAAGUCAGAAACUUUCUGGAAUGAACGUUUCAUUGCAAUACUGUGCUAAAGCACUUUAUAGGGUUUAUGAAGCAUUAUCAAUCCUAUCUUCUCAUUUUGAAUUACUCUGAUCGUCCCUUAAUUGUGUACAUAUAUAGUUCUGAAGCAAUUUACAUACCACAAAAUAUGGCCCUGCAAAGCCUUGUGUUUGAACGUUAAGUCUUUGUGGUAUUUUUAUUCUGACACAAAGCUUUUCCCUAAAGAAAAAAUUCAAUGGCAGGAUCCGCUUAGUUACGUCAGCAAUUUUCAGUCAUCCACAUGAAACUGGCAAUGGCUGGAACUGAGUGCUAUUUUGCCUCAUCUUUGUUCUUCCAAUGUUUUAUUUAUGGUAUAGCUGUUGGAAAGAAGUGCUAUUGUUCUUACCCAAAUACUGUCUUCAUUACCACAGUAUUUACCGAGAGGAAAAACUAAAUAUUCUCACCUCCAAGAUAAAUUAUAUAUUACUAUUCUAUCACACAGGCCUAGUUGCUCUUUGGUUUAAAGAGUCCAACUGGUUGUUGAUUCAUUGAUACAACAAGGCAGCACUUUAUUAAAGACUAAAAUCCACAUCUUAUCCAUUUUUGGAUUUUUUGAACAGUACAUUGGAAUCCUGGGGGCUAAUCAUGUAUCUGCAACUGAUGCUUGGACAAAAUCUCAAUGAUAAAUUUAUGUUUUUACUAUACAGCUUAACCACGUGCAUCAGAAAAGGAAUUAAUCUGGACAUCUUUGAAUUAAUAGUAAUUAUUACAACUAAACAGCACUGCCAUAAGUUUGCAAACUAAAACCUCAUUUUCAUUGGUAUAUAUUUCUUUGCCAUUCAAUGGUCAGGCUGCUUUUGUUCUCAAUACAUUUGGCUUGUGUGAGACUGACCUCACUAGUGAAAAUUCCUCACCUGCUCCUAGGACAUCUUUGGAGCCAUCAUGGUCUUUAUUUCCAAAUUACUGACAUAAGCAAUUCCAAAGGAUGGAACUGAUUUUUUUUUUACUCAGUUUGCAUUCCUUGCUUUCUAAUUCUUAUGCGGGAACCUGUGCCCCUGAGAUUUCUUGCCACGGCUUCUCCUGUGGAACCUUCUCUGCAGAUGUUUAGAGACUACAGCGAUGGGCUUGGAUACAAUGCUAACUGGUCCAAGGUUUGUAGCAAUGGUUGAUACUUAUCUGUUACUAAACAAAAAAGAAAGAGGUCACUAAUGGCUGUGUGUUGGUGUUACCUUGGAUUUGAAAUCAUUAAAGUAACAUAAUUGAUGUGUGACAAAAAGGUGGACUCCACCAGUCCAGAAAAUAUUCCUGGAAUUUUUAAUGUUUAUGCUGCCCAGAUUAAUGCUGAUUUACUAACAGCACAUAAAUGUAUUAAAUGGAACCUAUUAAAAGAACUUUAUUUUAAAAAA